AUGCCUCCAAGACCACCACCCUCAAAACGCCCCGCCGUCGGGCCUGUCAAAGAAGAAAACACCUACAUCCCCCAGUUUAUCACAAAGCGUCCCUUCUACGCUGGUGAGGGUGAAGACACCGAUUAUCUCGAACAUCAACGUCUACGAAAAAAGCAUGAAGACUCGGCGUGGUACGACCGCAGCAAGAAGGGCGUGGCGGCGACCAAGUAUCGCAAGGGCGCGUGCGAAAACUGUGGCGCGAUGGGCCACAAGGCCAAAGACUGUCUGGAACGACCGCGCAAGAAGGGGGCAAAAUGGACGAACCAAGACAUCAAGGGGGACGACGUAGUGCAGGACGUCCAGAUGAGUUGGGAUGCAAAGAGAGACCGGUGGAACGGAUAUGAUGCCAAGGAACACCGGCAGGAGGAUGGUGAAAAUAAAUUCGACGAGGGCGACAAGUACGCCGACACGGUCGACCUGAGCAAGCUGAAGAACACGACCGCCCGGCAGCUGCGAUUACGAGAGGAUACCGCGAAGUAUCUCCUGAAUCUGGACCUCGAGUCAGCCAAAUACGAUCCCAAGCGACGAAGACUGGUAGAUAGUGGCGCACUGGCGGACAAUACGGCUGAGUUGUUCAAAGAGGAGGGCUUCGUGCGGGCCUCGGGCGAUGCGACCGAGUUCGAGAAAGCAACGCGAUAUGCGUGGGAGGCGCUGGACAAGACGGGCGACAACACUCAGCACUUGCAGGCCAACCCGACAGCAGGAGAGUUCUACCGCAAGAAGGAGAGGGAAGAAGCAGAGAAGAAGCGCCUGGAGAGGGAGAAGGCUCUCCGCGACAAGUACGGCGAGGGUUCGUCAACCAUGCCUGCUGCGCUCCAGAAAAUGGUGGUCACCGAGAGCGAGCAAUUUGUUGAGUAUGACGAGUAUGGUCUGGUCAAGGGCCACCGGGCUUCCGCCAAGUCCAAGUAUCCGGAGGAUGUCCACCCCAACAACCACACAUCAGUCUUUGGUAGCUGGUGGUCGAAUUUCCAGUGGGGAUACGAGUGUUGUCACUCUACGAUGAAGAACAGCUACUGUACUGGAGAGGAUGGCAAGAGGGCCUUCGAGGCCUCCGAGCGACAACGGACCGGCGCAGGGCUGGUCGAGGGAGAAGAUGUCAUCGGGGAGGACGAGCCACCCGCAGAACAAAAGGAUCAAGCUGGCAACAAGGCGAAGCAGCUCUCAAGAGAAGAGAUGGCGAGUGGCAUCACGGAGGAGGAGAUGGACGAAUACCGGCGCAAACGUACUGUUGCAGAUGACCCGAUGGCCAACUUCCUGGGCAAGGAUGAACUAGUGCAUUAG